CUUUACGGCGGGGGCCGCGCCGCGACGUGGGCAGCCGGAAAGCACCCCCGCCCCGCCCCCGAGCCCCGGGCUGCAGGAUGGCCGGCCUCGCGCCGCGGGUAGACUACUUGGCGCGCUUCCGCUGCCAGCUCAGGGGCCUGGCGGCGGGCAAGCCCCGCGUGCUGUGCCACGGGGCGGAGAUCUUCCUGUCCACCGGGAGCGAGCUCGUCCACGUCUACGACCAGGAGGCCAGGCGGCUGACCAUGGUGUACAAGUUUCCGAGUCCCGUGUGGCACCUGGAGCUCCUGGCCCUUCGCAGGACUCUGUACAUUCUGUGCGCCGGGAGGGGCAUCUACUGUUUGUCGCUGGACCAGGCCAGCCGGUCCAUGAGCCAGGACGAUGGGGAUGACGGGGACAGUGGGGACAAUGAGGACGAUGAAGAUGAAGACAGUGAGGAUGGUGAGGACGGUGAACCCCCAUGUCCUGUGGUCACCGUGGACCCAGACACCUGUGCCCUGCCUGGGGCCACGCUGUGUACUUUCACUCUACUUGAUGGCAUGCUUGUCACCGUGGCGCAGGGCCCAGCCCGGUGGAAGGUGCAGCUGUUCGAGUGUCCUCGUCCUGGGGAGGAGCCCAGGCCCGGAUGCCAGAUAGGCGAGGUGGAAUUGCCCACCGGCACCCCCCUGGUUGGGAGCCCCACGGAGCCUGUGGCACCCUGCUUCCUUCCAGUGCUCUGCUGCGUGUCACCGCGAGGCUGCCCACAGGGCCCUGGGAGCUUCAUGCUGGAGGACACCCUCUUUGGGCUGCUCUUUGGGGCGGACGCCUCCCUCCUGGAGUCACCUGUGGUCCUCUGUGGUCUCCCGGAUGGCCAGCUCUGCUGUGUGGUCCUGAAGACCCUGGUCACCUCCAGGUUGGCCCCUGGUGACCCGAAGGCCCUUGCCAAGAUCCUCCAUCACCUGGAGGAGCCCGUCGUCUUCAUCGGGGCUUUGAGGACAGAGUCGCUGGCUGAGGGUGUGGAGGAUGUGCACAACGUGCGCGCUGACUGCCUGGUGGUGCUUGGCCACCAAGGCCGGAUGCUGGCUGUUAAGGCCAGCUGGGACGAGGCGGGGAGUCUGGUGCCUGAGCUGCAGGAGUACCGCCUCCCGGGGCCUGUGCUCUGUGCUGCCUGUGGGGGGCCCAGCCGCAUGUACCACAGCACCCCUUCAGACCUCUGCAUGGUGGACUUGGCUCGGGGAGGCACCCCCUGGGACCCCACACAGCCUGGUGGGGGCCCAGGACGCCUGCCAGCUCUGCUGUGUCCGGCCAGUUUGAACAUCUGCAGCAUCAUCACCCUCUCUGUGUCGAGUAGAGCGACUGAAGGUGGUGCCAAGCUCCUGGCCCUAUCCGCCAAAGGCCGCCUGAUGACCUGCGGCCUGGACCUGAACUCAGAGGUACCUUGCCCCACCUUGGCAAAUGCUGGCCAAAAAAUUAAGGACUUGCUCUCUGGAAUUGGCACCGUCUCUGAGAGAGUGUCCUCACUGAAGAGGGCGGUGGACCAGAGGAACAAGGCCCUGACGUGCCUCAAUGAAGCCAUGAAUGUGAGCUGUGCCCUGCUGUCGGGCCAGGAGGGUGCCCGGCCCAUCUCAUGCACCACAACCACCACCUGGAGCCGCCUGCAGCUGCGGGAUGUGCUGAUGGCCACGUGCCAGCUGGACAACCACAGCGGCUACAGCCUGGGCCAUGGCUGGGCCCUUUGCAUCCAGGUGCUCACCAGCUCCUGUGCCGUAGACCUGGACUCGGCCGGCUCAGCUGUCACCUACACCGUUCCUGUGGGCCAGCUCGGCCCCGGUGGUCGGAGGGAGGUGACCCUGCCCUUGGGCCCUGGUGAGGACGGCAUGCUCCACCUGCCUGUGACCGUGUCCUGUGCCCUCUACUACAGCCUCAGGGAGGUCGUGGGCGGGGCCCUCGCCCUGUCGGCCUCCUCCAAGGACCCCUCGUGGGACAAGUGCCCCUGUGACAUCCUGCCUGAGAAGGAGGGCAUGUGCCUGCCCCUGAGCGAGCACACGGUGGACAUGCUGCAGUGUCUCCGUUUCCCCAGCCUGGCUAUGCCGUGCAUGCAGGCCCCUAGCCUGCUUGACCCAGCCAGCGACCCUGUGGACACGUUCCUGGGAGCUUGUUGCCUUGGGCCAGGCACCGAGCCAGCAGGACCCUCAUGGCAGCAGGCCAAGUACCUACCCCCAUCAGUGGCUGCCAUCAAGGUGUCGGCGGAGCUGCUGAGGGCCGCCUUGGGACGUGAUCACUCAGGCUCGUCCCUGUCCCUGUGUUGUGCCACUUUGCAGUGGCUUCUCGCUAAGAAUGCUGCUGCAGAUGCCGUGAGGGCCCGAGCACUGUCCUCUGUCCAGGGAGUGGCCCCAGAUGGCACUGCUGUCCACCUCACUGUCCGCCAGGUGGCGGUGACCAGCCUGUGCCCAGAAGGACCCAUCCAGGCUGUGGAGAUCCAGGUGGAGAGUCCCUCUCUGGCUAACAUGUGCCAGGCCCACCAUGCCAUCAUUGGGCGAAUGCAGAGAAUGGUUGUGGAGCAGGCCGCCCGGAGCCGCAGCCCGCCUGACCUCCGCCUGCAGUAUCUCCACCAGAUCCAGGCCGGUCACGAGAAGCUGCUUCGGGAGGUGCGGACCCUGCGUGACCAGCUGUGUGCAGAGGACGAGGCCCGUUCCGGUGCUGCCGCCACGCGGCUCCUGCAGGUGUACGCACAGCUUCGCAGUCCUAGCCUCACCCUGCUGUGACGGCCGGUGGGCCCUGCCCUCUGGGGCCUGGCCAUGCUGCCAGCACCCUUAGGACUUGCGAUGCCCUCGUGGCUUCAUAGACCCAAACACGAGAGGCUGCUCAGCAGCUCCUCCGCUUGGGGUGCUGUGUUGGCCUGGUUGUAGCUUCAGGUCAGGCCUCACAGCAGGACACAGCCCUGGCUCCCGAGCAGCCACCCGGCCACCCCGACGGGUGGGUGUGCUCCGAGGUGGGGCAGAGGGGAGUUGUUGCAGGGUGGUCAAGCUAGUACCUGCUGCCAGUGCCGGACGCUGCCCUGGCCCCAGGUUCCUGUCCUCUGCCCAUGCCACCCUCUCCAUCCAGCAGCUGCCCUCGACCUCCACACUUUCCCCAGUCACCUGGGGACCAGAGAAGCUGCAUCCCCUCCACUCAGAGGCAGGGUCUGGACCCCAGAGCAGGAGCAUUGUUGCCCAAGUGGCUGCAGAGGGCACGGAGACAAGGGCUCUGGGUUUGGGACUCGGGCGGGUGUAUUGCUGUGGUUACUGUCUCCACUGGGCAGGGCUGCCCUUGCCAAUGGCACCAGCUGCCUCCCACAGAGCCUCUCCUCUCGUCCAGCUCUGGGUGCCAUGGCCCUGCCUCUCCCUGCAGCUGCUGGGGUCACUAGGUGGGAGGGUUCCUGUGACGGAAGCACUAAGAUUCUGGGGCUCCUGCCAGUAUCCAGUGGCCGCAGGGUGGGUUGUGGCCAGAACAUUCAAGGUGCCUCUGGCCAGGGCUGCGCUGUGCAUCAUUUCCAGGCCCCCAGGGUGGACUGCUACCCCCCAGCCCCUCCCUCAGUCUGGGCAGUGGCCGGGCCCAGCUGUGAUACUGGUGCCCAGUAUUUGGGGAGGGUGACACUGUCCCAGACUUCCACAUGGUGCUCUUUUGUCAUGUGUGUGGGAGCUGCGAGGCCCCCGCCACAAGAAGCCGCCCUUUGCCUGAAGCCGC